AUGAAACCUCUUAUGCUCCAAGGGCACGAGCGUGCCAUCACACAGAUUAAGUACAACCGUGAAGGUGAUUUGCUGUUUUCGGCAGCAAAAGAUGCUAAACCCAAUGUUUGGUGGUCAUUAAAUGGUGAACGCCUCGGCACUUUCAACGGACAUGGCGGCGUCGUAUGGUGUCUUGAUGUUGACUGGCAAACCAUUAACCUCAUCACCGGAGGUGGUGACAGUUCGUGCAGAUUGUGGGACUUGGAAACUGGUAAGAAUAUAGCUACAAUUAAGUCAAACUCUUCAGUGAGGACAUGUAACUUCAGCUUCAGUGCUUACCAAGCAGCCUACACUACUGACAAAGCUAUGGGUCAUCCCUGUGAGGUAUUUAUAAUUGACACAAGAACAAUUGAUGAAUCCAUGUCCACUCAGUCCCCAAUUCUGAAGUGGGAAAUUACAGACUCUAAGGUUACAUCCAUGGUGUGGGGUAUCAGUGAUGAGACCAUCAUCACUGGUCAUGAGGCUGGUGACCUAAUACAGUGGGAUCUGAGGACGGGCAAGAAAAUCCACUCCAUAAAGGAACACUCGCACCAGAUCAACGACAUGCAAUUAUCCCGCGAUGGGACCAUGUUCAUCACAGCAUCUAAAGACCAGACUGCAAAGUUGUUCGAUACCAGUUCCUUGGAGCUCCUCAAAGAGUACAAAACUGAGCGACCAGUCAACUCGGCUGCACUCAGCCCAAUACUCGACCAUGUCGUUCUAGGAGGUGGUCAAGAUGCUAUGGAAGUGACCACAACCUCUACCCGACAGGGCAAGUUCGACGCUCGAUUCUUUCAUCUAGUAUUUGAGGAAGAGUUUGGACGAAUUAAGGGCCAUUUCGGACCUAUCAACAGUUUAGCAUUCCAUCCCGAUGGCAAGAGUUAUGCGUCCGGUGGUGAAGAUGGUUACGUCCGUGUUCAGAGCUUCGACCAAUCAUAUUUCGAUUAUACAUUUGACUAUAACAGAGAGUAA